CUACAUUUCCCAGGGUGCUCUCCGCCCAGGCCGACUUGCCCGCGCGUAUGUAGACCAUCGCGGGGCGGAGCUCCCAGGCGCGCGCUAAGUCCCUGCUGGAGCCCUCCGGAGCAAGGAAGCUCCGGAGGGAGGGAGUGAGAGAUCGAGUGACCCGGGGCAGCCUGCGCUUCGUCUUGUGGAAGAGCGCAGGAAGCGGGGAGGAGGAGGGGGUUGGACCCAUUUCAGAAAAAGCUAGGGAAAUGGCAAAUUGAACUAAACACGAAAAGUAUGUGAAGAUCAAUGGGCUCUAUUUCUCCUCACCCCUAAAAAAACUUUUAAAAACCAGUGGGAAAUGUGUGAACAAAUCAGUGUUGAAAGAGAAAUGUUGACAAUGGCUUCAGAAUCUUUGUGCCCAGAACCAUCUAAGACUUAUUUGAUAAAAGGAAAAAACCACCAGCAGCAGCCACCUCAUCGACAGCAGGAGGACAUAUCCUCAAAUAUUGAUGGUAACAGAGAAGAAUCUUACACAUUUGAAGCCAAUGAAGCUUGGAAAGAUUUUCACAGUUCUCUCCUACGAUUUUAUGAAGAUGGUGAACUUUGUGAUGUGACACUGAAGGUUGGUUCAAAGCUAAUUUCCUGCCAUAAGCUGGUACUGGCUUGUGUUAUUCCUUACUUCAGAGCUAUGUUUCUUUCUGAAAUGGCUGAAUCCAACCAGUCACUCAUCGAGAUCAGAGAUUUUGAUGGUGAUGCAAUAGAAGACUUGGUGAAGUUUGUUUAUUCUUCCCGGCUCACUUUGACAGUUGACAAUGUCCAGCCUCUCUUGUAUGCAGCCUGUAUUCUACAGGUAGAGCUGGUGGCUAGAGCUUGUUGUGAAUAUAUGAAGCUACAUUUUCACCCUUCCAAUUGCUUGGCAGUUCGAGCUUUUGCAGAGAGUCACAACCGCAUUGACUUAAUGGACAUGGCAGACCGAUAUGCCUGUGAACAUUUUGCUGAAGUAGUGGAGUGUGAAGAUUUCGUGAGUGUCUCACCCCAACAUCUUUAUAAGCUUUUGUCCUCCAGUGAUCUAAACAUUGAGAAUGAAAAGCAGGUCUACCGUGCCGCCAUCAAAUGGCUUCUUGCCAAUCCUCAGCAUCAUGCGAUGUGGUUGGAUGAAAUACUUUCUCAGGUUCGACUACCAUUGUUGCCCAUUGAUUUUCUUAUGGGUGUUGUGGCAAAAGAAGAAAUUGUCAAGCAAAAUCUAAAAUGUAGGGAUUUACUCGAUGAAGCAAGAAAUUACCACCUUCACUUGAGCAGCAGGGCAGUGCCUGACUUUGAGUACUCCAUUCGAACCACUCCAAGGAAGCAGACUGCUGGUGUGCUUUUCUGUGUAGGUGGUCGAGGUGGAUCAGGUGACCCAUUUCGAAGUAUUGAAUGCUAUUCAAUAAACAAAAAUAGUUGGUUCUUUGGACCUGAAAUGAACAGUCGGAGGCGACAUGUGGGCGUAAUAUCAGUUGGAGGAAAAGUCUAUGCAGUUGGUGGACAUGAUGGAAAUGAACAUUUGGGCAGCAUGGAGAUGUUUGAUCCUCUUGCUAAUAAGUGGAUUAUGAAAGCAUCGAUGAACACAAAGAGGCGAGGAAUUGCCUUGGCCUCUCUAGGAGGUCCAAUUUAUGCGAUAGGAGGGUUAGAUGACAAUACAUGCUUCAAUAAUGUGGAGAGAUAUGACAUUGAAUCUGAUCAGUGGAGUGGAGUGGCCCCAAUGAAUACUCCCCGAGGAGGGGUUGGUUCAGUAGCUCUAAUAAACUAUGUUUAUGCUGUGGGAGGCAAUGAUGGGCUGGCCUCUUUGUCUAGUGUGGAGAGAUAUGACCCUCAUUUGGAUAAAUGGAUAGAAGUUAAAGAGAUGGGUCAGCGGAGAGCAGGCAAUGGUGUUAGUGAACUUCAUGGCUGCUUAUAUGUUGUAGGUGGAUUUGAUGAUAAUUCUCCUCUCAGCUCAGUUGAACGGUUUGACCCUCGAAACAACAGAUGGGAAUAUGUAGCGGAGCUCACUACUCCUAGGGGUGGUGUGGGCAUUGCUACAGUGAUGGGCAAAAUUUUUGCUGUUGGUGGUCAUAAUGGCAAUGCAUACCUAAAUACUGUGGAAGCCUUUGAUCCAUUGGUGAACAGGUGGGAGCUUGUAGGAUCAGUGUCUCAUUGCAGGGCUGGAGCAGGUGUCGCUGUGUGUUCCUGUUUAAGUUCUCAAAUCCGUGAUGUGGGCCAAGGAUCCAGUAAUGUGGUUGACUGUAUGUGACUUGAAUGCCAGCCACCAACAAUUCUAUCCUUCCCCAAAGUAAAGACAGCUAGAGUUUUGGUGUGAUCUCGUCUUUGAAUAGGCUACAACUACAGCUACCUGCUUCUUUAAAUAUUAACUGGAUGAUGGUGCUCUGAAUAAAUGCAUCUUCACAUGUGCUCCAGGAGGGAUCUUCACGACUAGGCUGAAUGCUGACACUGUCAUUUUUACAAAACUGUGAGCAAUAUUGCGGUAUUGUUCCAACUUUAAGUUUCCAGAAGAGAAAUGAUUUUAAAAUAAGUGCCAAAAUGCCUGAGAUUCUUGUUUUUAAUCUGAGUAAUUUUUUAAGUUAUAUCAGAGUAAUUUGCAGCCAUUUCUUUUUCAAAGUUAGAGAAUGGAUUUAUUCCCCUGACUUUUCAGUCUGUAAAGAGAAAGUUGGAAUACUUUCAGUAGUGAUUUUUUUUGUCAAUGAAGGAUAUUUCCACUUUAUACUAAUAAAGUUCUACUUUACUUUUUUUUACUGGAUGGUUUUAAUCUCCCAAAUGUUUACAAACGUAAAACAUUUUUGCACUAUUCUGAGUGCACUAGACUGCAUUUAAAGAAUGCUUAUUUGUAGCAAUGUUGUGUAAAGCUCAGUCAUACUAAGCUAAAGAUUUUGCUCUUCUGAUUUUAAAAUUUGACUGUUUAAUGGAUUUAUUUUAUAGUAAAUAAAAAGGGGCUCAUUCAUUGUAAGGAGAACAUUUGUCUUAUUUGAUAUUACAUCCUGUUGAAAUUCUUAGGGAUAAGUUCAGGCUAUCAUGAAACCAAUAUAAGACAAAUGUUAAUAAAUGUAAAGAGCUUAACCAUUUUCCUGCCAGUUAUAUUUCAUGCUCUUGUGCUCUAGGAUAAAGAGCUGGCCUAGAACAUGAGCCUAAAUAUUAUGUCUAAUAACUUAACAGCUGUUCAUAAAAAUAACCUGAAUUAUAAGAUGGCUUCACCAUUAAAUAAUAUGUAUUUAUUUGUUCAUAAAUAUUUAUUUAAAGAUUCUAUUUUCUAUCUUCAGGUUAAUAAAAUUUAGAUUCUAAGUGGCUGAGGGGAAAGACCCCACUUUUACUUAAGCAUAGAGGCUUCCCCACAUAUUCUUAUGAGGAAUGUUUCCAACUUUCCUCAUUCAACUUAAAGUGGAAGCUUCAGCAUUUCAUUGCAAUAGAACACCAAAGAGCACCAUUUUCAGUGGCAUAUGGUAAAGGUUUUUUCUCCCAAAGGACAUAGAUGCAAGGGAUUUCUAGUUUUGCUUUGCCAUGGAGAAAUGACUCUCAAUGCUUCUCAGUGUAGCAAGUUUUGAGGAGUAUCAGGGACCCCAUAGCCAUGGAAGAGGAAAGCUAGAUUUGGGGCAAGUCUCUGCUCGCCCGUGCACCGUGACAGCAGUACUCAGGAAAACUUUUCAGAAGGCAUUCACAGGCAGGCCCUGAACGCAUGUUGGCAGGGUCCCACCACAGGCCGCCUGGCUUACCAGAAUUGAUCUACACACGCUGUUGCGAGGGCAUUGUUGGAAGUAGAUUGUCACCCAGCAGUCUUCAUCUCCCUUCAGAUACUCAUUUGUUAUGUAUUCUGCGGCCUGGUACUCUUUUUUUUUUUUUUUAUCAGAUGCCCUGCUAACCACCUGUCAUAACUAAUUGUCUUUGUGUGCAUGUGCAAAUUUUUAUUAAACCUUGAUUUUAAAUGGUUCUUUCCUUGGA